CCCAUCCCCGGCUCCUCCCCUCCUCCUUCGCAGUCGCUCGUACUCAUCUUCUUCCCCAGAAACGCCGCUGUUUCCAAAUAUCCACUCCCCAGUCACCAUUGCCAAUCCACCGACUAGCCUGCUGCUAGUAUUGUGGAACCUUUGAAGAUAAACGGCCGCUGGGUGCAGUAGAGAAUGAAAGAGAGCUCAAAGGUUGUAGAGAUUUGUUUUGGAAGUGGAUGGAUGGACCGAACGGUGAAUCCAGUACAAGCACCUGCAUUUCUAAACGGUUCAGUAUUUUAUGGAUGCCCAUCUCCCAUAUUGAGGUGGGCGCAUCCUAAGUGUCGUUCUUGUUUUGGAAAGAGAUUGGAGCUCACGAGGAGACGGCUUUUUGCUGCGCGUGGAGCUCGACUCUAUUUGCGAGGUGAUUUGGUUGCUGUUGAUCGUGUGAAGAAAAGCUCGAUUGAAUAUGAGACUGGAUACUUAUGUGAAGGGAAAUCGGAGAACUUCCCCCACAUACAAACUCUGAAAAAUUUCCCAAAGGAAGAGCUGUCUGGUAAAGUUGUCAUGGUCAGGUUUGACAGCUCCAUUUUACUUGGGGAGAAACUUGACAAGAACUCGCUGGCUGUCUCUAAUGCGCUCUUCACAGUUCAGUAUUUGCUUGCAACUGCGGAGAAAGUGAUUCUUGUGAGUGACUGGAAGAGGGAAGUGAGUUCCAAGCUUCUUGACUCACAGUCUGUUUCAGAUAUAUUAUCAUCACUUCUCAGGCGAAAAGUUGUUAGUUUGAAAUGCCUUUCCUGUGGCGUGCCGUUCAAGAGGGAACUCCUUGAGGAAGCUGAUAUAUUCCUUCUAGAGAAUUUAUCUGGAUUUAGAAAGGAGGUUGCCAACUGUCCAGAAUUUUCAGAACUACUCUCUUCGGAAGUUGAUGUCUUUGUUAACGACUCCUUUUCCUUGUCUCAUAGAGUCCUGGCUUCAACAGUCGGCAUUUCUCGUUUUUCACCAGCUUGUGUGGCAGGUUUUCAAUUUGAAGAAAGCCUGCGGGAGUUAAAGCGGGUUUUGAACACCGACAAAAGACCAUAUAUUGCAAUUAUUGGAGGGGCUAAUAUCCACGGAAAAGCAGCUGCCUUGAAACGUUUGGUUUCUGAAUGUGAUGGAGUAGUCUUUGUUGGAAUGAUGUCGCUGCAAAUUAUGCAUGCUUUGGAAUAUUCAAUCCCUUCAACUCUUCUUGAACCCGGGUCAUCUGAUGCAGCUGUAGAAGUUAUCCAAUCUGCUCGAUAUAGAAAGAUUCCAAUUAUAACGCCGAAAGAUUUUUGGUGCAUAAAUGAUAGUCCAGGAUAUCAAAUUGAAGUAAUUCCUGCUCAUCGACUGGGAGAAGGUUGGGUACCUGUUGAUCUUGGGCCUAGGUCUCUUGAUGAAAUGGACUCUUUGCUUUCAAGUUGCAAGAAAGUAAUAUGGAUUGGACCAGUGAAAUUCAAGUCUUCACAUUCAAGUAUUUGUACAGAUGGAGCUUCUCAAGUGGCUCAAAUAGUAGAUAGGUUGGCACAACGGAAUUGUGAGAUAGCAGUUGUGGGGAAUAAAGCAUGCAGCGCUAUGAUAAAGGAAUCAAGGUCUUCAGCCAGUUGUUCUGUCAUUGAGAAUGCUUCAGUUGUAUGGGAGGUUUUAAAAGGAAGGAAGCUUCCUGGGUUGUUGGCCUUAGACAGAGCAUUCCCAUUCAAGAUUGAUUGGAGAAUGGCUUAUCGUAAUCCUGCUCAACCUUUGGUAGUUGACAUUGGAAGUGGAAACGGACUGUUCCUUUUCGGGAUGGCUUCAAGAAGGAAGGACCAAAACUUCCUUGGCUUAGAGGUUAAUAAAAAGCUUGUUAGGCGUUGCCUGGAUGGUGUUCAUCAAUCUGGGAUUCCGAACGGGUUCUUCAUUGCCACAAAUGCAACUUCGACAUUUCGCUCCAUUGUAUCAAGCUAUCCAGGAGAAGUAGUGCUAGUGUCAAUACAGUGUCCAAACCCUGACUUCAACAAUCCAGAGCAGAGAUGGAGAAUGGUGAAUAGAACAUUAGUUGAAGCAGUGGUUGAACUCCUUGCAUAUAAUGGAAAGGUGUUCCUUCAAUCGGACAUAGAGACAGUUGUGUUGAGAAUGACAGACAUGUUCCUUAGACACAGCAAGGGUAAGCUCAGCAUUGUACGUGAUGGAACAGCCAAGUGGAGGCAACAAGGGUCUUGGCUUCACGAGAACCCUUUUGGAGUUAGAUCGGAUUGGGAACAACACGUUUUGGAUCGUGGCGAUCCCAUGUACAGACUAAUGCUCUGCAAAUCAGCGACAAGCUGAAUGUGUCAACUUCCAUGGAGAUUGUUGUAGCUAAAAGAUAAUAGUAGCUUCCUGUGCUUUGAGCCGAAAAGGUAAAGCAUAUGCUUACGGUAAUCCUAUUGCCUGUUAGUAAAUUAGGUGGUUAAUGAGGAGUUAUUUGUUAAUAGAUAGUUAGGGGUAUUUAGCUGCUUGUCGUUUGUUCCGCCAAUCGAUCUUCUUCCGGACGGACGGCGUCCAAGGAUUGAAAAGGGUGAUCGACCUUCUUCACGUUUCGUUCCGCCGAUCAACGUUCUUCCCGUUGUUACUAGGAGUUACUGAAUGCUACAUGGAGCUGAUUUCGAGGAAGAGAGAGAGAGAGAGAAGGCGGUUAGAGGGUGCAUUGAUCACGCGAAAUUCCGUCUGAAACAAGCAGUGUGCCAUCGUGGUCUUUCCUCUCGCAGUAAGCUUCGUGUCGGGUUAUGGCAGCGGGCGGCGCCACAGUAAGCUUCGUUAUCAGAUGG